GUCAACACAUUAUUCUUCAGGUUUGUUAGAAAAUAAUUUAUAACAUUGUGUACGUUCUCCAGUUAGCUCUGAAAUAGAACUACCCCUUAUCACUAUUAUUAUUAUUUAUAUUUAUAUUUUUAUUUUACUAUAAAUUUGUACUUUAUAUUUAAAAAAAAUUGUGGAGUUUUUGAAACAAGUAGGUAUAUUUUAUGCUACAAUGACCACCACUAAACAUUUAAACGAUAAUAUCAUCAACGACGACGACGACGAUGACGUGGUCGUUCUCCAAGUAUGUGCACAUUGCCGCGGGAUCGACGAUUUGGAGUUCGACACCGAGACGAACGAAUCGUAUUGUCGUUUUUGCCGUGAUUUAUUCCGACUGACGAAAUACGAGGGAUUUCGUAUCCUGCUUAACAACGACGAUUUGGCCUUGGUUUCGCUAAUCUUCUCAACCUUAGACAAAGGGAAAAAGGGGUUUUGGGAUUACAAAGAUUGGCGCGAAUUUCAGAAGUACACAGGGCACUCUUCAGCGGAGGAAAUUGAUACCAGCGAUGCGUUGAGUCUGUUUUUCAAGGAAGAAUAUGACUUGGAUUUAAGAAAGAAAGGCAACAACGGCGCGGUAAUUCAUUUGGUGGACCUUGAGAACAUGUAUGGCGGAUAUGCGUAUAAUCAUAUAAAUGCCCUUACAGAAGACAGCAUGGAGCUUGAGAAUGAAGGAAUAAUCAAUACUGGAGUAUUGGAGUAG